AACUCCUGACCUCAAGUGAUCCGUCCGCCUCGGCCUCCCAAAGUUCGGGGAUCACAGGCGUGAGCCCCCGCGCCCAGCCCUGGAUGCCUUGUAAAUCACUACUCACCCAGGAAGAGCCAGCGACAGGCCCCGCCCCCGGCAACCGCCUCGCGCCCUCCGUCGCCCGGUUUCCAUGGUGACGGGGCGCCAGGCUAGGGCGGCCUGGCCACUGAGCGGGGGUGCAGUGGCAGCAGGAGGGUACCUGGCGACCGCGAUAUGAGCGGUGCGGGGGUGGCGGCUGGGACGCGGCCCCCCAGCUCGCCGACUCUGGGCUGCCGGCGCCAGCGCCCCUCUGUGGGCGUCCAGUCCUUUAGGCCGCAGAGCCCGCAGCUAAGGCAGAGCGACCCGCAGAAACGGAACCUGGACCUGGAGAAGAGCCUGCAGUUCCUGCAGCAGCAGCACUCGGAGAUGCUGGCCAAGCUCCAUGAGGAGAUCGAGCACCUGAAGCGGGAGAACAGGGGUGAGCCGGCGCGGGGCCCUAGGCCGGCCCUGCCUCCCCAGGCACACUCAACACUGCCGCUCCCGCAGCACAGAAACACAGCCAUGAACUCCAGCACACGCCUGGGCUCAGGGGGAACACAGGACAAUCUCCAUUACAAGCUCAUAAUGAAUCAGACAUCACAGAAGAAAGAUGGCCCCUCAGGAAACCACCUUUCCGGGGCCUCUGCUCUCUUGGGCGCUCGCUGGGUCUGCGUCAACGGAGUCUGGGUAGAGCUGGGAGGACCCAGCCCUGCCAGGCUGAAGGAGGGCUCCUCAUGGACACACAGGCCAGGAGGCAAGCGUGGGCAUCUUGCGGGUGGUGGCGCCGACACUGUGCGCUCUCCUGCAGACAGCCUCUCCACGUCAAGCUUCCAGUCUGUCAAGUCCAUCUCUAAUUCAGGCAAGGCCAGGCCCCAGCCCGGCUCCUUCAACAAGCAAGAUUUGAAAGCUGACGUCCCCGAGAAGGCGGACCUGGAAGACGAGCCCCGACUUCACAACAGCAAGCUGGACAAGGUUCCUGGGGUACAAGGGCAGGCCAGAAAGGAGAAAGCAGAAGCUUCUAACGCAGGAGCUGCCUGUAUGGGGAGCAGCCAGCACCAGGGCAGGCAGAUGGGGGCGGGGGCACACCCCCCAAUGAUCCUGCCCCUUCCCCUGCGAAAGCCCACCACACUUAGGCAGUGUGAAGUGCUCAUCCGCGAGCUGUGGAAUACCAACCUCCUGCAGACCCAAGAGCUGCAGCACCUCAAGUCCCUCCUGGAAGGGAGCCAGAGGCCCCAGGCGGCCCCAGAGGAAGCUAGCUUUCCCAGGGACCAAGAAACCAUGCAUUUCCCCAAGGUCUCCACCAAGAGCCUCUCCAAGAAAUGCCUGCUUCUGAGCCCACCUGUGGCGGAGCGUGCCAUCCUGCCCGCACUGAAGCAGACCCCGAAGAACAACUUUGCCAAGAGGCAGAAGAGGCUGCAGGCAAUGCAGAAACGGCACCUACAUUGCUCAGUGCUUUGAGCCACCCGCAUCUGGUCAGUGCCAGGCCCACCAACCUGCAGCUGG